GCUUACAACCCCUGUGAAGCUUACAGCAAACAAAAGGUUGACAGUAAACCACAUUGUCAGAAAAUUAAACCCUAUUAAUGGCGAUCCAAAUCAGGGGAUGCUUUGCAAAUAACUGAUCCGGUAUUUUACAAAAGUACCCCUACUUGGAUUGCAACUAUUAAUCGCGAACCAAAUCAGGGGUGCUUUUGCAAAUAUCCCGGGACUUCGCCGGAGCAACUCACGAGCUCGCGCCGCCGCCUGCGACCCCUGCUAGCCCCUGCCGUCGUGCGUCCCGUGCGAGUCUCCGCCGAGAUUGAAUCGCUAACCUAGCCGUCCCUCCAAAUCUCCGCGCGGCCGCGCGCCGCUCACGGUCAAGUUCUUCCGGAGAUGCUGCUGGCACGGCGGCGGUGCCGGCGCCUCGGGAAUUGGGUGACCUGAGACGGUGACGAAGCUUCUAUAUACAGGUCGAUGAGGCGGCGCGGCCUGACGGAUCGGAUUUUACGGAUCCCAUGGCGGCUGCCACUCUCUGAACAGGUCGUCCUCUUCCAUUUUCCAGGAGAGCGACGGGCCGCCGGCCACCCGAGAGGCGUUUUUGUCUUUGUUUUUGUCUCAGUUCAUCUCGUUCAUGGACGUAAACAUGUACACGUCGUCGCCAAUCGAUCAAGCAAUCUCUUCCGAUCCUUUUUUUUUGUUUGUUUGUUUCUAUAUACUCCUAUGCGAAUCCAUCUAGCUCGAGCGACUACUGCACAAGGCCUUCAACGACACAAGAAUGGCCUGCUCCGACCGCCUGAGCCAGCUCAAAGCCUUCGACGACACCAAGGCCGGCGUCAAGGGCCUCGUCGACGCGGGCGUCGCCGCCGUCCCGCCCAUCUUCCACCACCCGCCCGACCCCCACGCCGCCCCCGUCCCGCCCAUCUUCCACCACCCGCCCGACCCCCACGCCGCCCCUGCCUCUGCAAUCCCGGUGGUGGACCUCGCUGCGGCAGCGAACGACAGGGCCGGCCUGGUGGCCCAGGUGAGGGCGGCCGCCGAGACCCUCGGCUUCUUCCAGGUGGUCAACCACGGCGUGCCCGCGGAGCUCCUGGCCGAGACGCUGGCGUCGGUGAAGCGGUUCAACGAGGAGCCCGCGGAGGCGAAGCGGCCCUACUACAGCAGGGACCCGGCGAGGCGCGUCAGGUACCAGAGCAACUUCGACCUCUUCCAUGCGCCCGCGGCCAGCUGGCGCGACACGCUCUUCCUGGAGUUGCCCGCGCCGGAGGAGGAGAUCCCGCCAGCGUGCAGGGGCGCCGUGCCGGAGUACGCGAGGGAGGCGCGGGGGCUGGGCGCCCGCCUCCUGGAGCUGCUGUCGGAGGCCCUGGGCCUCCACGCGAGGUACCUGGAGCACGACGCCGGCUGCCUGGACGGGGGCGGCGUGGCGGUGGGUUGCCACUACUACCCGCCGUGCCCGGAGCCGCACCUCACGCUGGGCACCGCCAAGCACUCGGACCCCAGCUUCCUGACGGUGCUGCUGCAGGACGGCGUGGGCGGCCUGCAGGUGCUCGUCGGGGGGCGCUGGGUGGACGUGCCCCCCGUGCCCGGCGCGCUCGUCGUCAACAUCGGCGACCUGCUCCAGCUCGUGUCCAACGACAGGUUCAAGAGCGUGGAGCACCGGGUGGUGGCCACGAGUCCGGCCGCCGCCGCGCGGGUCUCGGCGGCCUGCUUCUUCAGGACGACCGGCGCCGCCGCGUCCACCAGGGCGUACGGGCCCAUCACCACACUCAAGCCGCCGCGGUACAGGAGCGUCACGAUGGCGGAGUUCUUGGGCUACUACAAGGGCAAGGGCCUCGACGGCCGAUCUGCGCUGGACCGCUUCAGGCUGCCAUCAUCUGAUGAUCCAUGUAUCUAAUAUUUCGUAUCAGCAAGAUCACAAAGAAAGCUGCCAAAUUCCAAAACUAGCUACAUCUAUCAGAGAACUGGACUCAUAUUCUGAUAGAGGCAUGCUGUUCGCGCCACCAGAUAAAGUGACAUCAAUUAUAUUCCUUUCACCUUCCAAUUAAAAAGAGAAAAGAAUAAAAAUAUACCUUAUUUCCUCA